GUUUCUUUCAUGCCGCGUGUAAAUUCUAUUCAAACGGCCAGAUAAUUCAAAGCUAAAAGAAAAGUUGUAAUAACAACAACAACAACAACAAUAAUAAUAAUAAUCUAAACUACAUAUUAAUAAAAUAUUCUUUGUCAAUUGAAAGAGCACGAAAAUAAUGUUUAGUCUUCUAUCAAAAUAAAAAAGUUAAGAGCAGUCAUGUAAUUGCCCAACUCAAAAUUUUGUUGAUUUUUGUUUAAGUCUCCCCACUGCCACGUUCUCUCCUUCCUCUCUCCUACAUUUAAAAAAAAAUAAUAAAUAAAUAAAUAAAUUCAUGCACACUUUGUGUGUGUGUGUGAGUAUAUACUAAUAAUAAUAACAACAACAAUAACAACAUAACCACACACACAAAAAAUAUAAAUAAAUAAAAAUAAAAAUUCAAAGCUGCAUACCAUUGCUUGCUCCUCUAUAUAUAUGGAUGCAAACUUGUUACGGUAAGCAAUAUCUAAAUUACAAAAUGGCUCAUGGCUUCUUCCUCCUCUUCUUAUUCUCUGGCAUUAUUUCUACAACAAAUAUUCAAGCAUGCAACCAAACUGAGCACACUUUUCUCCUGGCUUUCGCCCGCACUUUAUCUUCUCCUCCCGUAAAUUGGAGUAAUUCUGUUGAUUCUUGUCUUUGGAACGGCAUCACUUGUAAUGGGGAGGGUUGUGUUAUUCACUUGCUCUUACCUUCCAACGGGCUCAAAGGAGGUAUGUCUGUCUCAUCACUUGGAAAUCUCACAUAUCUCACCCGCUUGAACCUUUCCCACAAUUCACUUUAUGGCACACUUGAAACUAAAUUCUUCUCGUCCUUGAAACAUCUUGAGAUAAUUGAUUUGAGCUAUAACCUUCUUUCCGGAGAGAUACCAUUUUCUCUACCACCCAAAAAUAUUCAAACAAUAGAUUUGUCAAGCAAUCACUUCCAUGGUAAAAUUACAUCUUCUUUCUUUCAACAAGCUUGGAAUUUGACUAGUUUCAAUGUCAGCAACAACACCUUCUCUGGGUAUAUCCCAUCAUCCAUUUGUCUCCGAUCAUCUCCUUCCAUAAGAAUAUUGGAUUUUUCCUCCAAUGAAUUUAGUGGCAACAUUUCUUGUGGGCUUGGGAGGUGUUCCAAGCUACAGAUUCUUCGUGCUGGUCACAAUAAUUUGUCAGGAUCACUUCCAGAAGAUAUCUAUAAUGCUACCAAACUUGAGGAACUUGCAUUACCUCUCAAUUCACUAAAUGGAGUCAUUAGUGAAAAAAUUGCCAACCUUGUCAACCUCACAAUCUUUGACCUCUACUUAAAUCAUCUGAGAGGUGUCAUCCCUCUCAAUUUUGGAAAGCUCUCCAAGUUGAAAUUCAUGAAUCUUGAUUUCAACAGCUUACAAGGUCAUUUGCCCCCGUCUUUGAACAAUUGCACAAAACUCGUAGAACUAAAUUUGGCAUUCAACUACUUGGAAGGAAAGCUCACCGUGAUUAAUUUUUCCAAACUUAGCCACCUUAGUAAACUGGAUCUAUCUUGGAAUAACUUCACUGGUACCUUGCCGAUAAGCCUUUACUCAUGCAGGUAUCUAAAAGCAGUUCGGUUGAGUGGUAAUCCAAACCUAGAAGGACAAAUACAACCUAAGAUUCUUUCAUUGAAAUCCUUGUCUUUUCUCUCGCUUAGUUUUGUACGAUUGACCAAUCUCACAGGGACAAUGAAGAUAUUUAUGUGUUCCAAAAGUCUUCAGACACUCAUCAUGGGUUAUUCAUUCAACCACGAGGCAAUGCCAACUAAUGAUGACAUGGUUAAUUUUCAUGGAUUUCAGAAUCUUCGUGUUUUGAGUUUGGUUGGUUGUGGGCUUACUGGUCAGAUACCUAGGUGGUUAUCAAACCUAAAAAAUCUAGGGGUGCUGGCUCUGGGUAAUAAUCAAAUCACAGGGCCAAUUCCAAGUUGGUUGGGGACUCUUCCAAAACUCUUUUAUGUGGAUCUAUCAUCCAACCAAAUUUCAGGUGACUUUCCUAAACAACUUUGUAGAUUACCAAUGUUAAUGGGGAAUGCAUCUCGAGUGGACGAUUAUGAAUUUGAACUUCCAAUCUUCAGCGGCCUAAAUAAAAAACUAUUUUUGUAUUUUGCGCCGCGUAGACUAUCUAACUUUCCUGGAUUAAUAUAUAUAAGGGCCAAUAACAUUAGUGGAAGUAUACCUGCUGAGAUCGGCCAAUUGCAACUUCUUCGUCAGUUGUAUCUUGAUGACAAUAACUUUUCUGGCGAAGUUCUAGACCAAAUAUCUAGCCUAAAAUAUUUAGAGCAUUUGGACCUCUCUGGAAAUCAUUUGUCUGGAAAAAUCCCCUGGUCAAUGACGAGUCUUAAUUUCUUGAGAGUAUUUAAUGUCUCAUACAAUGAUCUUCAAGGACAAAUACCGACAAGUACACAGCUCCAAAGCUUUGACUCUUCUGCAUUUGAAGGGAACCCUAGACUUUGUGGUGCUCCACUUCCGAAUAAGUGUGGAGAAAUUGAUGUGAAUAGUAAGAACAAUGUCGACCAAGAUGUGGACAAUGAACAUGAUGAGCUUCCCUGGUUUUAUAUCUUUGCAGUCCUAGGUUUUAUUGUCGGAUUUUGGGGAGUUUGCGGUUCUUUAGCUCUUAAGAAGACAUGGAGGUACACAUAUUUUUGUUUCCUUGAUAAUGUACAAGAUACACUCUAUUUGAAGAUGACAAUGUGUAUGGCGAGGAUGAAAAGAAGACGUAGGGACUAGAUUUUACUUGUUAUUAUAUAUUUUUCAUUUUCAAUAAAACUAUUUGGAUACACAAAAUUAACACAAGUGGUGACACACUCUCGAAUAAAGAUGGGCUUUACUAUUGUCAAGGGACCGCAUCUGUAUUGGAGAGUGUGUGAACAAAUGUGUUAAAUUUUUGUAUAUCUAAAUUGUAUGACUCUUUCAGAUUUUAUUUGUUUUUUUUUUCCCCAUCUCGAUGUAAGGAUUGUUCUACUAUAUAAUAGUACAAUAAAACUAUAAGACAAAUGGGAAAAUAGGGAGAGAAAUAGAGACUUGAUUCGAAGAGAAAUGGUGAAGCCCUAAAUCGAGCUGCUUGGUGCAGAGAAUAGUGAGGCGAGGAAGAAGACGGGGAGAGGAGUCAAGCAGAGAAACAGUGGGCCUAGAGUCUGAAACGGUGUGAGAAGAAAGGACAAAGUUGAAAUAACAAAAAAGAAGUAGGGGUGAAAAUGGAAUAACACUGUUAAUGAAAAGUAUUUUUUGUGUUGAGGUUUAGUAUACGUAUAAUUUAUAGCAUUUUAUUGAGCUAACAUGCCCUACGAACAAAUAAUUCAAAUGUUGUCCCGA